CAAAGGCUACAAUGUCCCGUUUGUCCUUUAGGAGGACGCAUGGAACAGAGGUGUACGCCCAUAUCAACUGUAGAGGUCCCCAUUUUACCGACUGCUGCAGCAGGCAGGCGGGCACACCUUACUGCAUCUCCUCUUUGGGUUUCCACGCAGUGGACAGAGAGGAUACAGCAGAAAAUACAGCAGGGACACACGGACAGAGAGGAUACAGCAGGGACACGCGGACAGAGAGGCUACGGCAGGACCGGACAUACGGGCAGGAGAAGCGGCUGCGCUUCUAUCAAUGAGCACGCUGCCGCUGUAUGCAAGAGACAAGCGGUAUUCUCACUGCUCACACUGCCGUUAAGACUGAAGUCCAGCAGAGACAAACACACACACACCCUAUCUCUCUCUCUCUCUCUCUCUCUCUCUCUCACACACACACUCUGUCCUGUUAGAUCUAUCGUGCUAGAUGCCGGAAUGCCUGCUGCUCCUCUCCUCACACUGUUCCUGGUUCUGCUGGGUGUUCUGACGACAUGCGCCCAGACGGAGAUGAAGAGGGUUGUUGGAGACAAUGCCACACUGCCCUGCCACCAUAAGUUCUGGGUGGGUGAUGACCCCACUCUUGACAUCGAGUGGCUGCUUCUCAAGCCAACAAACAGGCAGAGAGUGGUGAUCACCUACUUUGCUGGACGGGUUUUUGACCCCAAUGAAGCAGAGCGUAGCCGUGUAGCCUUUGCUGGAGAGUUCUUAAAAGGUGACGCCUCUCUGCUGAUCACUGACUUGUCUCUAACAGACUCAGGAGAGUACAGCUGCAAAGUCAAGACUGGUGCACAAUACCAUUGGAGCACCAUCAGCCUCAUAGUACUGGUAAAGCCAUCCAAGCCACGGUGCUGGAUGGAGGGCAAACUGUUGGAGGGCGGUGAUGUUAAGAUGAGCUGCAAGUCUGCUGAUGGCUCUGAUCCCAUCCACUACAAAUGGGAGAGGCUACUGGACAAGGGCAAGAAUGCUGGCAAGCUGCCUCCACUGGCCCUGAUAGAUUUGAAAAACCCAGAGAUUGUGACGUUAAGGAACUUGACCAAGGACAGCACCGGAGUCUACAAAUGCUCAGCCAGCAACGAUGUGGGAGAACAGAGCUGUACCGUGGAGGUCAAGAUACACUAUGUAAGGAGUAUGGGUGUGGUAGCAGGGGCCGUGGUUGGCGUGUCCUUCGGAGUCCUCCUUAUCAUCCUUAUCAUCUGGUUGGUGUUCCGCAAAAAGGAGAUGAAGAAAUAUGAAGAAGAAGAGACCCCAAAUGAAAUCAGGGAGGAUGCAGAGGCUCCCAAAGCCAAGCUGGUGAAGCCCAACUCCCUCUCGUCGUCCCGCUCUGGCAGCUCUCGCUCAGGCACCUCCUCCACUCAGUCCAUGGUGCACAACAUGGGGCUCCGAGGCCCACGAGUGUGUGUUCCUGCUGUGGCAGCCCUCAAGGAAAACUGUGAAGCCUCCCCCUUCCCUCAGUCUCCACCUGGCUACAAUCAGACCGUUCCCAAGACUCCUGAACCGCGCUCAGCACCAACCUCCACGUCUACCUCCAACUGCAAGCCCAGCCCUCCCCCUAAGCUGAGUCCUGGAAACCUGAACCGCAUGGGGGCCACACCUGUCAUGAUCCCUGCCCAAACCAAGGCCUUCCAGACUGUGUAGAAGAUGCAAAGACACAGAGGAAAAGACCAAGGCGGCCUCAGGACACGGCAACUAGCUGAACCCAGGAGUUAGACUCUGAUAAAGAUCCAGUUAUAUUAUCUAGAAAUAUUCUCACCAUUAGCUAUCUGAUGGAUACUUUCAGUCAUUCAACUCUCAGAUAAUCUGUGCUUUACACUACAAAUAUAGGAAGAAGCUUUUUCUGGUGUCGUUUAUUGACACACGUGCCAUAGACUGUGAUUUUGAAAGACAAGGAGGUGUUGAAACUGAAGCUGCAGUCGGUAUCUUAUGGAAGGAGAAGGUUUCCACGACCCAGGGAGUGAAUGGGAUGAGGUAAUGUAAUGAGAUGAAGUCCAAAGCCCGAACCAGACUGACAUUUGAUCAAUGGAUUACAUGACAUGGCAACGCCAUUCUUUUCGCAGAAGACAACAGACCGCUCACACAUACAGCUGCAGAGGUUAGAGUAGCUCUUAAAAGAAUGGAAUACAACACUUUACACCUGUUGCAAAUGAAAAUACCUUGCACCUACUGUAUGACUGAACUGCUGAACAUAGUUUCACUGCAGGUUGUUCCAGUACAUAAACAGGAUGAAUGGCUCUGAUUGUAUAAACAGACUUUAUGUGGACACUUCAUAUAUCCAUCCAUACAUGUGUCACACACUUUUAAUAUGGACAUAAAUCAUAAUGAGUCACUGCUUCCUCUGUGCUGACUGAAAAACCACAUAGAUGUGCACGAUUCCCUUCUUCAGUUUGAGUGUGGCUUCAUACAGGACACUUGAGUUGAUAAUAUUUAUAGCUGAUGUGUCGAGGUUCAUAGAGAAUUCAGAAAAGGUGUGAUUUUGUUAAUAGAAAUAGAAUUUGUUAAAGGGUGAAGGCCCUACUGAGAAAGUGCCACAUUGUGAUGGUUUACAUUUGAUUUUUAUUCCUUUAUCCUUUUAAACCUUUUUUUUUAACCCAAGAAUGAAAUGUUUGAAUGUGGUGCUAAUUAAGAUUUAUUAUAGACAGUGAUUUCUCGGCAAUAAGUUAGUAAGAACUCCCAUGUUAACUUGUUUGUUUUGAAUAGGAAUUAGUUUUAUAUGACUCAUUAAAUCGUUUAUACAGAGAUAAAAUGUCCUGCACUCUUAAUACAUUAGAACUUAAAUAAUGAUGUCUAAAGAGUGCCUUUGGCA